UUGGUAAACGUUGGAGUGGCGUUAGCACAUUUUGUUUUCUGAAAAAGCCAGUUAAGUAAUACACUACAGUUAACACUGGAAGCUCGACAUGCAAAAACAUCUUAAGGAAGAAGAUGGACCUCUUCCACUGUCAUCUUUGCGCCUUUUUGUUCCUCCACUGCGUCUAGUGUCUGCAGCUCUGUGGCAAGUUGUUCUGCGGAGAGACAUAAUGGACUAUGGCUUGGUGGAGGAGUUUGUCACCACUGUGUUGGAGGUAGUCCCUGAUCUGAUGAGUUACAGAGAGCGAGUCCAACUCAUCAUGGGGCUGCGAGCACAGCUGGUUCUGGAGUUGUGUCGUACAGAUCACCUAGCCGACCCCGAGACCAUCCAGCCACACCUGAACAGGCUUAGAUCCUGUGUCAUCACUCAUAGGGAAAAUGAGAUUCCUGAUCCAGAGGUGGAGGCAUCAGAAUCCAACUUCCUGAAGCUGAUUCAAAGCCUGCUAGAAGACCCAAUUGAGAGGGAACACUUCUUCCAGAAUGUUUAUUCAGAGGAAUUCGGCCUCAAGUAUGACUCCGCACUGCAGAGUCUGGUGUGGGAGUUCCUAUCUAGGCUGGAGAAGCUACUUCCAACACCAACCCUUCAACAGACUGCAUCUUGGUUUCUACCUGACCCUUCUAUCCUGGAGGACUGUGUGCAGUUUGUGUGUCACCCCGAGCCUUUGAAGACCCUACUCCAGUACCACAACAACACAUAUGAAUAUGUGGACACCAACGCUCUAUCUUCGGUCGACUACAUCCUCUCAUCGCUGUCGCUCUCUGCACUAAAGACAGUUGUGAUCUUUCCAGAUCAAACUGACCCAGAGAUCAAAUCAGAACCCACGGAGGAACCUUUGCCAUAUGAACAUAUGAACAUUCAAAGCCCAGCCUCAUCUGACAACGAUUCAGAAAUGCUUCCUUUGUUGGAGUCAGAUUACGUGAAGAGCAUAGAAGGGGUGCAUUCAGACGGAAAUUUGAAUGUUGAGAUUUUGUCUUUACAAAUUCAAGGUUCAGAAGAGGUGUGUAUACACAAGGAAACUACUGAGGGAAACCUUAAACACGAGACAGCUGACAAAGAGUCAGCAAGAGAGAGGGAACUAGAUGGAGCUUUUCACCAACCUCAAACUGACAGUGGGCUAAAAAUACAAAAACCUCACAGCAUCCAACAGAAAGUGCAGGACAGUUCUCGUUUGUCAACUUCCUGUCUGCUCCGUCAGCCCAGGGUGCUUCUGCACCGACUUGACAUUACUGAUAUGCCGUUACCUGUGUCAUCUCCAACAUUGAGUCCAACAUUAAGGAGAAAGAGGCUUCAAAUUAAAAAAGGGGGAUCCCAAGGACAGAGAGCAGGAUGGGUCAUAUCACCAGAAAGUAAGAGGAAUGCCAAUGGACAGCCACCAGAGACUGAACAAGACAGUGUAACCUCAAACGCUCCCAAGAAAAGGAAAGCUGGUAGGAAAAUCAUCAUCCUAGCUAUGAUUCAGGCUGUCAAUUUUAUACAGAAUCUGCUUCUUAAAGUGAUAUUUGCCUCAACGUUUAUAAUAUGUUAA